CAGAGAGUAAACACAAAAUAGAGAGCACGUGUUUGUCUCACUUCCUGCUUUGAACGUUCAGUUUGGCUUUAAAGGCAUUGUCGACUGACGAUGGCUGAAGACCAGCUGUGUGAAUUACAGGAUGAGUUCACCUGCUCGGUGUGUCUGGACACCCUGACUGACCCCGUCACCAUCCCCUGUGGACAUAAUUUCUGUCUGAAGUGCCUCACGGACUGCUGGGAAAAGAGCCAAGAGAGCAGCUGUCCUCAGUGCAGAGAAAACUUCACUACAAGGCCUGCUCUGCGAAGAAAUAAUCUGCUGAAUGAAGUCAUCCAGAAAUUAAAGAAGACGACACUCAGUUCUCCUUCUUCUCAGAAUUAUGCUGGCCCUGGAGACGUGGAGUGUGAUUUCUGUACUGGUAAGAAGUUCAGAGCGGUGAAGUCCUGUCUCCCCUGCAUGGCCUCCUACUGUCAGACUCACCUGCAGCUUCACUAUGAAGGAGAUGCUCGGAAACAUCACAAACUGACUGAUCCUGAUAGAAAUCUGAAGGAGAAACUCUGUGAGAAAGAUCAGAAAAGUCUGGAGAUAUUCUGUAAAACUGAUGAUUCCUGUAUCUGCAUGAUGUGUGGAGUGACUGAACAUAAUGGACAUAAAAUGGUCGAGCUGGAGACGGAAAGAGAAGAAAAGCAGAAACAGCUGGGGGCGACACUGAGUGACAUCAAGAGGAAACUUGAGGAGAGAGAGAAGACACUGAAGGAGACGAGGAGAGCGAUGGAGGAGAUAAAGAUGUCUGUGGCAAGAGAGGUGGAAGAAAAUGAAAAGAGCUUCACUGCUCUGAUACAGUGCAUUGAGGAAGCCCACAGGAAACUGACUGAGAGGAUCAGAGAUCAAGAAAAGAGAGAAAUGGAGAAGGCUGAAGGAGUAAUGGAGCGAUUGGAUAAGGAGAUUGAGGAGCUGAAGAGGAGAGAAGCUGAGCUGAAGGAGCUUUCAGAGACCAAGGACCAUCUCCACUUCCUGCAGUCCUGUGUGAAAAGCUCAUUGAUAGUUAAGGUUGAUAAUCUCUGA